UCGUUUCGCGGUGCUGUUCCUGUGACAUCGGGUGCUGUAACCUCGACCCCUGAGGAUCUGUGAGAAGGAAUUAGGUCCAGAAACUUGUGGAUCUUUCUUUCAUUUUUGGAUUUGUUUCCAAUGGGGACAAACAGCUGUGACCGGAGACAGUGAGCCACCUGUGAGAGAUCAACACCAUGUCACUACAGCGGAUGCUGAAGCUGCUCUAUGCGCUGGUGCUGUGUGUGUCCGCCAACGAAGACUUCGACUGGACCAAGAAUGAACGCGGAUCAUUCUACUACGGCACCUUCCCAACUGGGUUUUCCUGGGGGGCUGGGGGCUCUGCGUACCAGACAGAAGGAGCCUGGGACAAGGAUGGCAAAGGGAUGAGCAUCUGGGACGUGUUCGCCCACAAGAAGGGAAAGAUCUUCCUCAACGACACCGCAGACCACUCCUGCGAAGGAUAUUACAAGUUCAAGGAUGACAUCACCUUGAUGAAGGACAUGAAGUUUAACCACUAUCGUUUCUCCAUCUCCUGGCCAAGGAUAUUUCCCAACGGAAUCAAAGCUGAUCACAUCAAUGAGAAGGGAAUUAAAUACUAUGAUGACCUGAUCAACAUGCUCCUGGACAAUAACAUCACACCAAUAGUCACCCUGUACCAUUGGGAUCUGCCACAGGUCUUACAUGAGAAGUACGGUGGAUGGCAGAACGCCAGCAUGGUGAACUAUUUCAACGACUUUGCCAACUUAUGCUUUGAGCGGUUUGGUGACAGAGUCAAAUACUGGAUCACCUUCAACAACCCAUGGUCUAGUGCUGUGGAGGGCUAUGAGACUGGAGAACAUGCACCUGGACUGAAGCUGAAGGGCACUGGGGCCUACAAAGCUGCCCACCACAUUAUCAAGGCACAUGCUAAGGUUUGGCACACCUAUGACACUCAAUGGAGAAGCAAACAGAAAGGCUUGGUUGGGAUCUCGUUGUUGGCAGACUGGGGGGAGCCAGUGGACAUCACCAACCAGAGAGACAUCGAGGCAGCAGAGAGAUAUGUCCAGUUCUACAUGGGCUGGUUCGCUACACCCAUCUUCAACGGGGACUACCCUCAGGUCAUGAAAGACUACAUAGGUAGGAAGAGUGCCCAGCAGGGUCUAGGAACCUCCCGUCUCCCUGUCUUCUCUUCCCAGGAGAAGAGUUACAUCAAGGGCACCUGUGACUUCCUGGGUAUUGGCCACUUCACCACGCGCUAUAUCACCCAGAAGAACUACCCGUCUGGCCGUGGGAACAGCUACUUCACCGACCGUGACCUGGUGGAGUUGGUGGACCCUCGCUGGCCCGACCCCGGCUCUGAGUGGCUCUACUCUGUCCCCUGGGGAUUCAGACGCCUGCUCAACUUCGUCAAGACCCAGUAUGGGAACCCCAUGAUCUACGUGACAGAGAAUGGGGUGUCAGAGAAGGUGCAGAGGUGCACAGACCUGUGUGAUGAAUGGAGGAUGCAGUACUUCAAGGAUUACAUCAAUGAGAUGCUCAAGGCCCUUAAGGACGGCGUGAACGUGAAGGGUUAUACAGCCUGGUCGCUGCUGGACAAGUUUGAGUGGGACGAAGGCUUCUCUGAGAGGUUUGGCCUGUUCUACGUGGACUUCCUCAACAAGAAUAAACCACGUUACCCAAAAGCCUCUGUUCAGUACUACAAACGCAUCAUCAGCUCCAAUGGAUUCCCCAACCAGAGAGAGGUGGAGAGCUGGAGAAGGAAAGCCACAGAGACGUGCUCCUCCAGUAACCAGCUUCUAGCUGCAGCUAGAAGAAAGUCCCAGCAGGACAGUAAGGAACAGGCAGGGAUGCCAAAGGUUUGGCCAGUGCAUGAUGAAGUUUAGAUCCGUUGACCAGCCACAUGGAGAUGGUAACAGAGAUCGUGGUUCCUACAGUGUGUACUCUCUGCAUUCUCCUGGCUGCUGUCUUCCUCAUGUUCCUGCUGCGUGGACGCUUCUAGAACACCGCUGCCUUCCUCAUGUUCCUGCUGAGUGGACGCUUCUAGAACACCGCUGCCUUCCUCAUGUUCCUGCUGAGUGGACGCUUCUAGAACACCGCUGCCUUCCUCAUGUUCCUGCUGCGUGGACGCUUCUAGAACACUGCUGUCUUCCUCAUGUUCCUGCUGAGUGGAUGCUUCUAGAACACUGCUGCCUUCCUCAUGUUCCUGCUGAGUGGACGCUUCUAGAACACCGCUGUCUUCCUCAUGUUCCUGCUGAGUGGACGCUUCUAGAACACCGCUGCCUUCCUCAUGUUCCUGCUGAGUGGACGCUUCUAGAACACCGCUGUCUUCCUCAUGUUCCUGCUGAGUGGACGCUUCUAGAACACCGCUGUCUUCCUCAUGUUCCUGCUGAGUGGACGCUUCUAGAACACCGCUGUCUUCCUCAUGUUCCUGCUGCGUGGACGCUUCUAGAACACCGCUGCCUUCCUCAUGUUCCUGCUGCGUGGAUGCUUCUAGAACACCGCUGUCUUCCUCAUGGUCCUGCUGAGUGGACGCUUCUAGAACACCGCUGUCUUCCUCAUGUUCCUGCUGAGUGGACGCUUCUAGAACACCGCUGUCUUCCUCAUGUUCCUGCUGAGUGGACGCUUCUAGAACACCGCUGCCUUCCUCAUGUUCCUGCUGAGUGGACGCUUCUAGAACACCGCUGUCUUCCUCAUGGUCCUGCUGAGUGGACGCUUCUAGAACACCGCUGCCUUCCUCAUGUUCCUGCUGAGUGGAUGCUUCUAGAACACCGCUGCCUUCCUCAUGUUCCUGCUGAGUGGAUGCUUCUAGAACACCGCUGUCUUCCUCAUGUUCCUGCUGAGUGGAUGCUUCUAGAACACCGCUGUCUUCCUCAUGUUCCUGCUGCGUGGAUGCUUCUAGAACACCUCUGCCUUCCUCAUGUUCCUGCUGCGUGGAUGCUUCUAGAACACCGCUGCCUUCCUCAUGUUCCUGCUGAGUGGACGCUUCUAGAACACCUCUGCCUUCCUCAUGUUCCUGCUGCGUGGACGCUUCUAGAACACCGCUGCCUUCCUCAUGUUCCUGCUGAGUGGAUGCUUCUAGAACACCUCUGUCUUCCUCAUGUUCCUGCUGAGUGGAUGCUUCUAGAACACCUCUGUCUUCCUCAUGUUCCUGCUGAGUGGAUGCUUCUAGAACACCUCUGCCUUCCUCAUGUUCCUGCUGCGUGGAUGCUUCUAGAACACCGCUGCCUUCCUCAUGUUCCUGCUGAGUGGAUGCUUCUAGAACACCUCUGCCUUCCUCAUGUUCCUGCUGAGUGGAUGCUUCUAGAACACCGCUGCCUUCCUCAUGUUCCUGCUGCGUGGAUGCUUCUAGAACACCGCUGCCUUCCUCAUGUUCCUGCUGAGUGGAUGCUUCUAGAACACCGCUGCCUUCCUCAUGUUCCUGCUGCGUGGACAAUGAUAGCUGUAUUUUUUUUUUCACACAGUUCUUCUCUUUUAUAUACAUAUUGCAACAGAUACAAACCUGGACACCGGACACAUUUUAAAACCAAACGAUAGCUAGUCCAUGUUAAUAAAGUGUUAGCAUGCAUUAUUAUCUGGAUCUUGAAAAUCUCAUUAAAUUGCAAUAAAGAUUGUACAGCCUG